AUGUCAGAACUACAUAAAGCAUUCCUUAGAAGAAUAAAAGAACAAGAGACGGCUUUGGGAUUGUCCGGCUUAGUAGAUGAAGAUGACAUACCAGAACCUGCUGUUAUGCCGCCGACUGGCAAUAGCAGCUCCACUGCAAACACUGAAGACGAGACAAUCUUAAGAGAUUACAAACAAUUCAAAGAAACCAAUUUUAUACAAGAAUUUUAUGAAAAUGAGUUAGGUCACAAGUUUAAAACGUAUUACAAACCUUCAAAGAAACCUGGAUCAAUACUUUUCUGUCACCAUGGGGCUGGUUCUUCGUCUAUGACUUUUGGAAACUUGGUGAAUCACAUUGAAGAUGAGUCUGUGGGAAUAUUUUUAUUUGAUACCAGAGGCCAUGGAGAAAGUGUGGCAACAUCCGAUUUUUCCCUAGAUACAUUGGUACAAGAUGUAUCGUUUGUAUUGGAACAAUUCAGUUCAAAACAUCAGCAGACAUCGAUAUUUUUAUUGGGCCACUCAUUAGGGGGUGCAGUUUUGGCAAAAUAUUCUACAUUAUAUCCUAGCGAUAUUCUCAAGGGGUUAAUAUUAUUGGAUAUUGUAGAGGAAGCAGCAGUGCAAUCACUCAAUGCAAUGCCCCUGUUUAUUGCUAGAAGACCACUCCUGUUUCCCUCGCUAUCUAAAGCUAUUCUGUGGCAUAUGAAUUUUUUGUUAUUCAAUGAAAAAUCUGCUAGACUAUCAGUGCCUGAUUUGUUCACCGACAAGUUGACCUGGAUAACCGAUUUAAAUGCUACCCAACCUUAUUGGCAGACCUGGUUUUCUGGAUUAUCUGAGAACUUUUUGGGUUUUAAAGGGCCCAAACUCUUGAUGCUUUCUACACAUGAAAGUCUAGAUAAGCAAUUAAUGAUUGGACAAAUGCAGGGAAAAUAUCAAUUGGUAGUCUUCAAGAAUAACGAAAAGUCUGGGCAUUUUGUUCAUGAGGAUUUACCUAAUCACGUUGCCGUGUGUCUUACAGAUUAUAUAAAACGAGCUGUUGCGCCAGAAAUAUUUAUGAAAGAAGAUUUGGGAGUUGUUCCCAAAUGGGGAGGUAAAAUAAACAAGUAG